AUGGGCUGGCUUCGUAAGAAGAUUAUCCGACUUUUUACUUGGAUCGCAAAGCGCUUUUUCGAUUUUGCUCUUCUUCUGAGGCUCUUUUCUCUGGUUCUUGAGCGGGAAGCCGCACGGACAGCUCCCUCCGCCGAUGUGGACGCCCAAAGGCACAUCGACGAGGGUACGGCCUGGUUGGACUUUUGCGACAGUCUCCGGGGCCUGGUGGAGUUCAUCCUGGCGGAGCCACCCGCACCCGCACCCGCACCACCAAUGCCAACGCCAAGGACAGGCCCAGGCCCAUGGUGGGCGGCACGGGGUUUGGAAGCCUUUUUGGAUUGUUGGGACCCAGCCUGGCCCGUACUGCGACCCCUGCCGUACAACGUCAAACUGGGCGCGGACAACCCGGACAACUUGUACAUGUACGGCACAGUCUCCGGCGCAUUUGAGUACCGUCUGUACGGCACCCGUGGUACGGUGACGUACCUCAGUUUUGGGUGCUACUGCGGCAGCCGUCCCGGUCAGGGCUACAGCCAGCCCAGCCACCUGGACAGCUCAAAACUGGUCACCCAACGGGACGGGAGCUUCGAAAUUUUCCUGACGCCCCGGGCCAGAGGGGAGAACUGGAUCCGCCUGCCCCCAGACGCCAGUCGGCUCGUGGUACGACAAACCUUUCUGGAGCGGGGCAAGGAGGUUCCGGCUGAGGUGCAUGUAGAGCGACUGCCUCUGGCGGCAGGGCGCAGCGGAGACGGGAAGGCGUCGGCGGCGGCGGCGGGGGUUUCUGGCGCUGUCGGCAUUCCUCUCGUAGAUUCUGCGGGUCGGGAGACGAAGCCGCCGCUCUCCGCGGGCCAGGUCGUGGCCGGUUUGUCUGGCGCGGCGGUGUUCAUCGCGGGCAGUGUACGGCAGUUCCAGUCAUGGUCUCGGAGCUUCGCCUUGCGGCCCAACACGCUGAUCACUCUGGACGCUGACGUGUACAUGUCCGCCUGGGCCGACCCUGCCAUACACUUCUUCCACGGCUACUGGCGCCUGGAGCCCUGGGAGGUGCUUGUCGUACAGGUUACCCCCCCCGAGUGCCCCUACUGGAAUUUUCAGUUGGAUAACUGGUGGAUGGAGUCGUUGGAUUACGUUGCGCACCCCGAGACCACAACCAACAAGGCAACCGCGUCGUACAUGCCGGACGGUUCCAUCUGCCUGUUGGUGGCGCACACUGACCCACGGGCCGCCCUCAAUGGUGAUUCUGCUGCCCAUCCUGAGGCGCGAUGGGCGCAGCAGCUGGAGGAGCAGGAGGAGAGGGAGGAGAGGGAGGAGAGGGAGGAGAGGGAGGAGGAGGGGAGCGGGAACAUUCACAGGGGGAAACUGGCUGGGCCGGGGCAGCAAGGGGGAGGUGAUCGUGAGGCGACGGCAAGUGGCAGCGGGGGUGUGUGUGGAGGAGCACCCCGUUCCGAGGUGUCGAGUGAUGCGGCUGGACAGCCCGGAGCUAUGGGCAGCGAUUCGGGCUGGGUGCAUUGCUGCCUGCAGUACAGGCGAUAG